AUAUCUUCAUUCAUUCCGUCUUGGUGCUUAUAAACUCAAAACCUCUUUCUCUCCGUCGCUCAGAGAUCAGAACUGGAGUGUUAAAUUUGAUCAUCAUUGAAGAUCAAAGAAAUGGAGAAUUCAGUAUCAAUGGGUGAGCUGAACCUGAAGGACACAGAGCUAAGGUUGGGAUUGCCAGGCAGCGACGAGCCAGAGAAACGAUGCAGUGUUGGAAGCAAAAGGAAAUGUUCACCUGAGGAAACAAGUCGUGAGGAGGAAUUAACAGGCAAGAGUAGUAGUGAUGCUAAAAGUGAUCAAAACGAGUCAGACCAUGGCCCACCAGCAAAGGCGCAAGUAGUGGGAUGGCCACCAGUGCGAAGUUUCAGAAAAAAUAGUAUGCAGCAAAAGAAGGAGGAAGAGAGUGGAAGGUACGUGAAAGUGAGCAUGGCUGGUGCUCCUUACUUAAGGAAGAUAGAUAUCAAGGUUUUUAAGAGCUACCCACAAGUCCUCAAGGCCUUAGAAAAGAUGUUCGAGUGCACUUUUGGUGAAUAUUCAGAAAGAGAGGGAUACAAUGGAUCUGAAUAUGUUCCCACAUAUGAAGACAAAGACGGCGAUUGGAUGCUUGUUGGAGAUGUUCCCUGGGAGAUGUUCACAUGCUCCUGCAAAAGGCUCAGAAUCAUCAAAGGAUCUGAAGCUAAGGGUUUGGGUUGUCUAUGACCUUAGCAUGCAUAUCCAUAUCAUCCACGCAUUUACGUAGUAGCUACGUGCUCAAACAGUCCACGGCGACAUCAGAAAUCCUUCUUCUUUCCCCCCCCCCCCCCUGGGUUGUCCAAAUGGAAGCAUCAAUUACAAAAGGGCGACCUGAGAUAUAUAUAUUAUAUACCUAGGUGAGAAACAGAGACACACAGUUUUUUCUACCUCCCCAUUAUAUCUAUGUAUCGGCGGAUUUCAGGUCUUCUUCCUUGGCCAUAUGUGGUCUUCUGUUUCCUUUUUUUUUUUUAAAAAAAUUUUUGCCCCCCUUUCCUUCUUUUUUUCAUAAGAAAGAAGAAGCCAAUUAAUGCUAAUUAUAUUGUACAGAAGAUAUAUAAUAAAAUCUUUUUGUUCUUGAUC